GUGUUGUUUCGCUGCGGGAUGUGUUGCUGAUCCGGCGGUCCGGCGUUUUAAAAAGUAUAUUUUACGGACGUGAAAAUGCGGGGAAGCCACCUAUUCCAACCGAACCGAGCACUCGGAUACGUGAGCAAUCAUGUGCCCCCGAAUGUGCGGUACAUCGAGCAACGGCGUGAAAAUAUCGUGAUCACCUGCGUGGGCCGCUCAUUUCACGUUUACGGCUGCGACAGUCUCCGGUUGAUCCGGGCCGGCCGUAUCCAUCAGGAGAACAUUACGGCCCUGGCGGCGGAUGGAUUUCUAACGUACGCCGCUGCAGGCAACGUUAUCUACGGCUGGCGGUCCAGCGUGGAACUGCGCAAAGUAUUCCGUGGCCACAUCGCACCAGUUCAUCUGUUGCUUCCUUUCGCCCAGCAUCUCAUCUCGAUCGACGAAAGCAGCUUGCUGAAGGUGUGGAUCGUUGCGACCGCUGGCCUGUAUCUUGAGAUCCCGUUCGCCAAGGAUGAGUUCGCCAUAUCGGCAAUCGUCCAUCCGGCGUCGUAUAAGAACAAGAUUCUGCUCGGCAGUGGCCAGGGUGGGCUGCAACUGUGGAACCUCAAGUCCAGCAAGCUCGUACACAAGUUCGAGUCUUUCGACAGCAAAGUGCUGCAGCUGGUGCAAGCGCCGGCCAUCGAUGUGAUUGCGAUCGGGCUGCACAAUGGAAGAAUUGUGCUGUUGAACAUCAAAUACGGCGAGAAGGUGCUAGAGGUCCACCAAGAUUGGGGCCCCGUCACGGGCAUCAGCUUCCGCACGGACGGAUACUCCGUCAUGGCAAGCGGGAGCUCCAACGGUCAAAUUGUGUUCUGGGAUUUGGAGGAGAAAACCAUCGUUUCCACCCUGACUGCACACGAUGAUUCAGUGACCGGGCUAGAGUUUCUACCGAACGAACCGCUGCUGGUCUCCUGCUCGCCGGACAACUCGUUGAAGAUGUGGAUCUUCGAUAUGCCGGAUGGUGGAGCGCGGUUACUAAGGUACCGUGAGGGUCAUGCAGCGUCUCCGACGUGCGUUCGCUAUCAUGGUGCAUCCGGACGAAACAUCCUGUCGUCGGGUGAAGAUGCUUCGCUUCGCAUUUUCAGCACCGCCUCGGAAACACUGAACUGCAGCAUGGGAAAGGCGAGCUACAAUCGGAAGGCAUCCAAAAAGAACAAGAAGAAAUCGGAGGAUCCGUUCCGCAUGCCCGCCAUCAGUUACUUCACCUCGGAGACCACGCGUGACAAGGAGUGGGACAGCAUAGCGGCGUUACAUCAUGGUUUGGUACAGGUUACCACCUGGUCCUUCGAUAAACGACGCAUGGGAGAGCUGUCCCUCGUUCCCGAACAGUUCCAGAACAAGUCUCGUACCGAUUUCAGUGUCACGGCUACCUGCUUAUGCCUUACCCACUGUGGCAAUUUCGUCACCAUCGGUUACUCUAGUGGCCAUGUAGAGCGGUUCAACAUUCAAAGCGGAGCGCACCGGGCCACCUAUGGGGCACCGAAGGCACACAAGGAGCAUGUGCGUGGCCUGGCCAGUGACAAUCUGAAUCAGAUGAUCGUGUCCGGCGCGGCCGAUGGGUUGCUAAAGUUUUGGCGUUUCAAGGAAGCGUACGCAACGGUCAUUAAGACUCCGAUCGAUACGAUGAAACUGGAAGAACCGAUCACUCUGCUACGGACACAUCGCGAAAGCGCCAUGAUCUGUGUCGCGUUGGACGAUUUCUCCGUGGUGCUGGUUGAUAUGGACACACGAGUCGUGGUGCGGCGCUUCGAAGGUCAUCGUGGCAUGGUGACGGACGCGUGCUUCUCACCCGACAGCCGCUGGCUCAUGACGGCUGCCCAGGACUGUACCAUCAAGGUGUGGGAUAUUCCGUCCGCUUAUCUAAUCGAUCAUUUCCGUGUGGCACAGAUGUGCACCUCGCUGUCGAUGUCACCGACCGGUGACUUUCUGGCCACCGCUCACGUCGACUACCGUGGCAUCAAUUUGUGGGCAAACAAGAGUCUCUUCUCGCACGUUACACUGCGUGGCCUAAAGCCAGACUCGGAGGCUCCGUUGCUCGAUCUGCCAACAACGGUCGUUGAAGAGUCGGAGAGUUCAUGGAUGAAGGAAACAACGGAGGACGAAGCAGUGGAAGACUUGGAGGACGAACUCGAAAGAAUCAAUCUGGACUAUCGCUCACCACCGCAGCUUUCGAGCGAGCUAAUUACGAUGUCCGACUUGGCGGCGUCCCGUUGGCAGAAUCUGCUCAAUCUGGACAUCAUCAAGAAGCGCAAUCGUCCACGGCAGGCACCACAGAAGCCCAAAUCGGCCCCAUUCUUUCUACCGACCGUGGCGGGACUGGACUUUGAAUUCGAUCUCUCGCGGACAGACGCCGCAAGGGGGGACGAGCAGCAGCGGCAGCUGCUGGGAAGCGACGGAUCACACAUCAUCGAAACCAAGCAACUCGACCACUUGACCGACUUUGGGAAACUCCUUAAAGCGGCCCUGGUUACGGAGGAGUACGAGAAAGCGGUACUGCACCUGAUGAAGCUCGGCCCUACGAUGAUUGACUAUGAGAUUCGCCACCUUACACCGUUCGAUGGUGGCAAUGGGAGCCUCUCCGUGAUGGGCGCCUUCAUGCGUAUGAUCAUCGCUAUGUUCGGUGCACGACGCGAGUUUGAAUUGGCGCAAAGCUACCUGAGCGUGUUUCUGAAACAGCAUGGCCGCACCGUGGUAGAGAACGAACAGCUGAGUGAACUGUUGCCCGAGAUAGAGCGAGCACAGGCCGAGGGCUGGUCGGUGCUGGAAGACAAACUGCUGUACGGACUGGGGGUUGUGAGUAAUUUGAGAAACUACAGUGCUUAAUGGAAGCAAUAAAGGGGGGCCACGCCGUACCCCGGGUCGGUUUAUU